AUGAUUAGGAGAAAAAUCUACUACUCGUUCAUAUUUUUAGCUAUUUUAAAAAGUUUCAAAAUAAACGAAAGAUGGAGUGUCUUAAUUAAUGCUUGGUAUACACAUGAAGAAGUGGACAGUGACUACAAUCACAGCAAAUUGUAUGACGUAUUAGGAGUUCAUAAAUAUGCAAGUACCGAAGAGAUUAAAAAGGCGUAUAGAAAAUUAUCCAAAAAGUACCACCCAGAUAAGGUAAAAGAUAAAAAUUCGAAUAACCGUUUUAACGAAAUUGCAGAGGCAUAUGAAAUAUUAGGGGAUGAAGAAAAACGAAAAAUAUAUGACAAUCAUGGACUACAAGCAGCCAAAAACGUAGAUACAAAUAAAAUGGAUGAGGACCCAACGGAUCAUUUUAAUAUUUAUGAAAGUUUUUUUGGUGGAGCAGGAGGAUUUAGAAGAGAAGAAAUGAAAAAAGCUGAGAGUUUAAUGUUAAAUGUUGAAAUGAGUCUAGAGCAAUUAUAUAAUGGUGAAUUCUUUACAGUUAUAUAUACCAGAGAUGUAAACUGCUUAAGAAGUGAUGAUUGUAUUAUAAAAAAGAAAGAAUGUAGUGGCAAAGGAUAUAAAACGGUUACACAACAAGUUGCUCCAGGUUUUAUUAUGCAAAACAAAAUGAGAGAUGAAAAUUGUAUUGAUAGGGGUAAAGCAUGGAACCAGAAAUGUUCUUACUGCCCAAAUGGCAUGAAAGAAGAAAAAACAGUUGAAUUAACAUUAGAAAUUGAAAAAGGAAUGAAAAAUAAUGAUAAAAUUGUUUUUGAAAAAAAAGGAAAACAAGAAAUUGGCUAUGAGCAUGGUGAUGUUAUUUUUGUUAUUCAAACCAAGAAACAUAAAAUAUAUGAACGAAAAAAUAAUGAUUUACAUCAAUUUUAUGAAAUUUCUUUGAAAGAUGCCUUAAUCGGAUUUUCCAAAGACAUAGAUCAUAUUAGUGGUGCCCCUAUUCAUAUAAAGAAGCAAACAGUUACAUUUCAUAAUGAAAUUCUUAAGGUGAAAAAUAAAGGCAUGCCUAUUAAAGAUUCAAACAAAUUUGGAGAUUUAUAUAUCAAAUUUUUAGUACAAUUUCCGAAUAAUUUGACAGAAGAGCAGAAGAAGGUUAUUUCACAGGUAUUCUAA